UUGACUGUCCCGACGACUUGGCAACUCCCGCGUGGUUUGUGCAAUAGAAAAGACGCCAAGUGGAUUGUUUUCCUUGCUUUUGUGUCCCGACUUUACCAGUUGAAUUCCCGUAUUAUUUAUCUGCGUUCCGAAACCGUUUGAUUGCAUUUGUCGCGAUGGCCGCAAAGCUGGAGGCUCGCGAGGCGGUGCUUGUCGAAAGAAAGGUAUGCCGCUUCUGCCUUACGGAGCAGAAGUUGGCCUCGAUUUUUGAGGAAAACACCCGGGUGAAAUCAACUGCAAACUUGCCGCUGCAGAUCAUGGCUAUCACGGCGAUCGAGGUGUACUCCGGCGAUGGUAUGCCAGAACUUAUCUGCCUGGAGUGUCGCCUCCUAUUCGAGCACUGCUACCGCUUCAAGCAGAUGUGCAGACGGGCAGAGACCCUCCUGCGUCAGUAUCCUUUGACCGGCAAUUGGCCAGCGCCGCUAGAGAAGCCUCGUGCUCCCAUUAUGACGGUUAAUCCCAGAAAGGUGGUGGUUACUCCGGCAGCUUCAGUGACCGUGGCGCCCGAGACCCCCAAAAAGCUUCUUAACACAAUGGCUAAAACCAGUCAAGUGCUGAUUGAGAAUGUUGAGGUGUUGGAAACCCGUUUGUUGGAUUCUAGUCCAAUUAUGGUUUCCCCUCCGGUUAAUCACCGACAACAAGCCUACGAGCUGAAGGUGGAGAACAACCAGGAGCUGUCCAUGGAUGACGUCCAGAACAUGCUGGUGGACAUGGCCAACGAGUUGGACAAGGAGAUGGCCGAAAAAGAUGCUUUAAAGAUUUCUCCUGCCAAGCCGAAGGUUUUGAACAAGUCGUCGAUUAGGAUCCUUAACAAGGGACCAGCCGCUCCAGUGGAACCGCGCAUCUCCAUUCCCAAAGUCAAGCGAGAUGAGAGCGGCAAUGUGGCCAUAGUUACCGAGGUCCUGGAUGGCGACGUUGUGUUGGAUGAUUCGGAUGAUCCGAAAAAGAACGCCGAGAAGGUGGACACCCACGUAUUUCCGUGUAACCAGUGCGAGCGCUCUUUUCCGCUGCAGCAGCUCCUUGAGAUCCAUCAGGUGAAUCAUACGCGCACGCGUAGUUUCCAGUGUCCCCAGUGCGAGAAAAGCUUCUUCACAAAAUAUGAUUUGGCCAAGCACAGCACUGUGCACACCGGAGAACGGCCUUUCAAGUGCAUCAUUUGCGAAAAAGCCUUCUCCCGGAAGGCCCUGCUGCAUCGCCACGAGCGCACCCACACGGACAUCCCGAGCUUUGUUUGCGUGUACUGCGAGAAGCCUUUCAUUUCGCGCCAGGAGAUGGAGAAGCACGCCGAGCGGCACAAGAAGAAGCGUCCUUUCCAGUGCAGCGUCUGUCCCAAGUCGUUCACCUUCAAACAGGGAUUGGAGCGUCAUGAGAUGGUCCAUCAAACGAAUCUUCCCUUCCCAUGCCAGCACUGCACCAGGAGCUUCUCCACCGCUUCCAAGCUGGCUCGCCAUCUGUUGGCUCACGCCGGAAAGAGGGCCUAUCCCUGCAAGUAUUGCCCGAAGUCGUACGUCUUGUCGCACCAUCUCUCCCGACACAUGCGCGCCCACACCCAGUCGUCAGAGGCUGCGUUCGGGUGCAGUCAGUGCAAGAAGUCUUUCAAAAUCUACAAGAGCCUGUUGGACCAUUCGAGGAUCCAUGCUAACGAGACUCUGAAGUGCCCGCUGUGUCGGGAGCGCAUUGAGAAUAUCGACUGCGUCGACGCCCAUAUUGAUAAGCACAAGAAGCGCGAGCGCUUCGCCUGCGAGUUUUGCGAUCAUAUGUUUUUGACGAAAAGCUGCCUGCAGAAGCACAUCGAGGACGAUCAUGUAUUGGAAAUGGAGCCGUACCAAAACGAAGACCAAGGCGAAGUCGAAGUGGUUGACGAAGAGGGAGAAGAGGGCACGGAAGAACACAUCGAAGACAAGGAAGAACAUAUCGAGUUCGAUGAAGAUCUGGACGACGUGAAACAGGAGGAAUUCGAGACCGAGUAUUUGGAAGACGACACACUUGAAGAAGAUCAUUUAGAUGAUAGCGACGAUUCUUUUUCGCCGCCGCCGAGUUCCAAGCACCGAAGAAUCAUAACUCCCAAGGGAGUUGAAUCCGUGCGUCAAACUCGCAGUCGGAAUACUCCAAGUACUCAAAAAAUCAGUCCAAAGGCAGUUGUUAUCAAAAAGGAAGACAAGUCGCCACCCAAACAUGAGCGCCUGUCUGUCCAGAAUCGUAAAGCGAAGUAAUAAUACUAAAUAAUCAAACACCUGUACUUCUUUUUAUGCUUACACAUUAAAGGGUUUUUGUAUUCCAAGGCACAGCUCGUCUUUGGGUAUUUUUUCGCAUUCUAAAUCCCUUUUAGUAGUAAAAACUUUAAGUUAUGCAAAGAUUAUCUAAGUUAAAUAAAGAAUACACAAUAAAGUAA